AUGCCACGCGACGAUACGCGCAUCUACGUGGGGAAUCUUCCUGCUGAUGUUAGAGAACGAGAUGUUGAAGACAUCUUCAGCAAAUAUGGAAAAAUCAAGUUUGUCGACGUUAAAGGAGGUCGAGGCCCAUGUUUCGCGUUCGUCGAGUUUGAUGAUUCCAGGUUAGUUUUUAUCAGUUAACUUUUUGUAUUAGAAGCUUGAUUUCUAUUUUUUUUUUCUAACUGAUCUUUUUCAUUAAACUUGUUUUUUCAGAGACGCAGAUGACGCUGUGAGAGGGCGGGAUGGAUACGAUUUCGAUGGACACAGACUUCGCGUUGAAUUCACGCGAGGAGUUGGUCCUCGUGGUCCUGGAGGUCGUCCAUUAAAUCCGGCUUACGGCGGCUCUCGAGACUUUGGAGGCAGCCGUCGUGGCGGCGGUCCUCCGGCUCGUCGUACGAAUUAUCGAGUUAUCAUUGAAGGCCUGCCGCCAACAGGAUCUUGGCAAGAUUUGAAGGUAUUUAUAUUUCAAUCUUUAAGAAAUAAUUUUUGUUAUUCAGGACCAUAUGAGAGAAGCUGGAGAUGUUUGCUAUGCGGAUGUUGCUCGCGAUGGAACUGGUGUCGUAGAAUUCACCCGUUAUGACGAUGUUAAAUAUGCUGUUAACAAGCUCGACGAUACAAAGUUCAGAUCCCAUGAGGUUUUUUCUUUUUUCUUUCACCUAUUUAUGUUUUUUUUCAGGGAGAAACUGCAUAUAUUCGCAUUCGCGAGGAUACCUCUGGCGGAGGAGGUGGUCGUGGUCGCAGUAGGUCGCGUUCGCCAAGAGAUCGUCGUGUUUCUCCUCGUUAUUCUCCACGUCGUUCGAGAAGUCGCUCUGCGAGUCGUUCUCGCUCGCGAUCUCGUUCGCGCUCCCGCUCUGCGUCCCGUUAAGGAAACAUUGGACUAUCAUGAGGAACAGACCAGAGACGGUACCUUUUUUGAAUCCAUUGAAUGUUGUGUUUUUUUUUUUUGUUUGACUUCUACUAUCAAUAUGGUUACGACCUAUUUAUUUUUGCUUUGUCCCCAAAAGUUAACUGCGGUGGCUCAUUAUAUUCUUUUUUUUUCUCUAUCUGUAUUUGUUUUGUUGGAGUUUGACCAUGAAUAAACUUGCGAAAUUGCAGCCUCCACUCUGCAAUGCAUUUGGAGGAGGAGGAGGGAUUCUUACAAUUAG